GUCAGGGUGAGGCUGGGGAGAAGAGGGGGAAUGGGACCGAGGGAAGAGAGCAGAGAGACCCCCGGGAGCUGUGGGACACCGGGGAGGAGGGCGACCUCUGGAAGCAGGGGAACCCCAGGGGCAGGAGGGACCCCCAAGCCCUGCUGCCCCCCAAGCAGGGCGCUGUCGAGGUUCAGUGCCCAGGAAGCCACACCGGCCCCGCGGCUCCUAGCAGGCAGAGCGGGCACUGCCGGCACGUGGAGCGCGGGGCGGGUGGGCUGCGUUGCCUUGCUUGGGCAAAGGCAAGUGGAUUCAGCUGGGUUUGGGUCCUUCUGGAAUAUCUCCUUUAGAGGCUCUGCCCAUGGAAACAAGGGGUGCCGUGGAGCCCCCAGACCCGCACGGGGGCCGUAGGCACGGUGCUCGUGGCUGGUGCCCAAUGCCCAUCACCGGCUCGCGAUGCCCGACUCUGGCGCAUGGUGCUGACCCGUGUGCCCGGUGCCGGACGCCGGUGCGCGCUGCUCUCCCCUCUCCCCGCAGUGAUCGUGGAGUGCUGUGCGCAGCUCUGCCCUGCGCUCGGCACAGGCUCCACGCCAGGCACCGCCGUGCCGGAGCACGACCAGACAGGUACCGUACGCGGGUUGGGGCGUCGUGCUCGCCUCCCCUCGGCUGUGGCACCGCGUGCCGGCCACAUGCAUCGACGCCACGCUGGGCUGCAGCGGUGCUGGCCGUGGCUCAGCCCUGCUCAGCAUCCCCUACUUCUGCCCUUCCCGCAGACCCCGAGAGAGGCGCUGGCACCAGGCGGGCACCGGAGGCGGAGCUGCUGCCCUUCCCCAGCACUGCCGAGCCCCCCAAAACCCAGGGCAGCCCCCAGGCGGGUGGGGAGGGGACACGGCCCCCGGUGCGCGAUGGAGCUGCCACUGAGCACCUGGAGCCCCUGCUUCCCGAAGGCUCCCCGGAGCAGGCAGCUGCGGGUGGUGAGCGCCCAUCUCCAUCCCCUGCGCCCCUGGAGCCGGGCACAGCUGCAUCAGCCCCUGUGACGGACCCCGUGGGCAGCGCGGUGGCACUAGGUGCCACAACCCUGCCGGGGACCCCCUCGCAUUCACCGUCCCCCACGGCAGCGCCUGCCUUUGCUGGGGGGCGGCGGGUGUCACCCAGCGCCCCGCCAGGGUGCAGCCCCGCGGGGACGGGGCUUGCGCAGAGACUGGGAGGCUCACACGGCCCCUCGACCCCAGAGCCGGGGGCUGGGGACGGCCUGGGUGCCACCGUCACGGUGGGUGACAGCGGUGUGGGGACUCGCCUGAGUAUGGCGCUGGGCACGGGCCGCCCUGGGCCAGGGGACACGGGGACGUCGCCCUUUGUAGGGGGGGUGCAGGGGCUGCUGAGCCCCGGGGGGACACCGGGGGGGACGCGGCGGGGGCUGCCAGAGCUGGCGGGAGGCUCCCGCCUGUGGCACAGGACAACUGUGUCCUGGCAGGGUCCCCUCUCUGCCCCUCAGCCUUCUCUGCCAUCCCUGGGGGCCGUGGGGACAGGGCCAGCCUUGCUGCCUGCCACAGGCAAGGGGUCGGGUCUGUCUGUCCCCACAGCCACGACUGGCAGACCAGAGGUGACAUCCCCUGGCCUGGGGAGUGCCCUGGACCCAGCCAUGGGGGCGUCAAGGCCACUCGACACAGAGGGUCCCCCUGAGCCCAGCGAUGUCCCCCUGGAGCAGACCUGGCGCCCGCCAGCUGUGCCGGGGCAGCCGCCCGCCUCGGUGGCCGUGGCACAGGGCAGGGUGCCAGACACAAGCUCCGCGUCGCCCCACGUCCCCCUGGCCCCACAACCGGCCCCAACGUCACCCACCCCGUGGCCCUCCCUGGCGAGCAGCUGGGGUGUCGAGGGGCUCAUCCCCACUGCGAGCGCCCCCCCGGCAGGGGUGACCCCGCAGCACCGGCUGCCUCAUGCUGGCCAGGGGGACACACCUGCAGAGAGCCCCCAAAUCCCAGGGGGGACCCCAGUGUGGGCGGGCAAGGCCGAGCCCGGGGCAGCAACUGCCCCGCUGAGCUGGCGGCUGCGCAGCCUGGCCCCCUCCUCGGCCGCUGGGCAUCCCUGGCAUCGUCCAUCCCCGCCUGCGGCUUCCCUGGGGCUGGACACUGCCGGUGGUGUCACCAACACCAUCGCUGCUGCCACCAUCACCGCUGCCACCGCUGCCACUACCACCAUCACCGCUGCCACUGCCACCAUUGCAGCUGCCACCACUGCCACCAUCACCACUGCCACCACCAGCCCAGCACCGCUUGGGGACGUGGGGACGGCCACGCCGGAGCCCAGUGCUGCAGUGUUGCAGGGGGCUGUGGCCGGGCUGACGUGGGGGCCCCCAACUCAUCUCCCCACCACGGUGCCAGGAUCCCCUCAGCAGCCCCCUGGGACCUUGGGCGGCCCUGGGUCCCCCCUGCCUGCUGGGGACACCGGUCUGGCUGAGCAGCCGAGCAGCCCCGCAGGGCAGGUGGAUGCCGGCACCCCCGGCGCGACGCCGGCUGCAGCGGGCAGAGCCCCCCGGGUGUUCAUCGCGGAGGAUCAGCCGCCCCUGCUCAGAGCAUCCAUCCUGCGCAUCCCCUGCGAGCUGGUGCUGGACACGGUGUUCACCCCUGCCCUGCAGGACCCCAAAUCCCGCACACGCCGGGCGCUGCUGCACAGCUUCAACCGCACGGUCGCGCCCCUCUUCAUGGCGGUGCCAGGGUUCCUGCGGCUGGAGGUGACGGAGAUCAGGGAGGGCAGCGUGGUGCUGGCGUACGACGCGCUGUUCGUGGCACAGCAGGUGCAGGCGCUGGGGUUGGGAGCGCUCCUCGACGCCGUGCAGGGCUCCGUGGGUGCCCAGCCGGUGCUGGCGGUGGGCGCGGCUGCCGUCCUGCGCCAUGCGGUGCUGGAGCGGCCGCUGGACCCCUGCGCUGUGCUCUUCGUGUGCCGGCCCGGCUUUGCCUGCGUGUCCGGGGCAGCCGGGAAUGCCACCUGCACCUCCCUCUGCCACCGCGACUACUGCAAGAACCAGGGCAUCUGCACCCACGCGCCGGAGCGUGCGCCGCUCUGCCAGUGUCCGGUCGGCAGUGAUUUCUGGUUCAUGGGGCUGCGCUGCGACUACCGGGUGACACAGCAGAGCCUGCUGGGCACGGCCGCUGGCAUCCUGCUCAGCAUCAUCCUCCUGGGCGCCAUCGCCACCGCCGUCGCCGUCCGACGCUUCAAGGCGCUGCUGCUAGAGGCCAGGGCGGACCAGACCCGCAGCAGCUACCGGCGGUUCUGCCGGCUGGACGACGUCUCGGCGCAGUACUGGUCGCGCUCCCGGCUGCCCUCGUCCAGCUCCCUGGACAACCCGGCCUUCAGCAACUCCGAGGAGCUGCUGCACUUGCAGAUCUUGGACAACGGCUGCUGCGGCUGCCGGGAGGAUUCGGGCAUCACUGAUGGCUCCAAGCAUCGCCCUGCUCUGCCCGCCCGCCGGCCCAGCUUCCAUUAUGAGUGGGACACAAGCUCCAGCAGCAUGAACGAUCCUAUGGUGGACUCAGGAAAAGCCAGCGACAUCUCGGUGUCGAGCUGGCCCAUGGAGCCCAUCCAGUGGGCGCCUUUUCCCUCCCUCCACCAGCUCUCCCGACAGCGGCCGCACCGGGCCAGACGGCCUCGCUCGUACUGCGAGGGGAUGGAACUGGGCAGCCUGGAGCGGAGCUGGACAGCCUGAGGGCCACAGAGCAGAGCACAGGCAAGCAUUGAGCAUUUAAAACCAACCACAUUUUAUUUCCAC